AUGAAGCUCAGUUUGGCCUUACCCGCUUUAUUUAUAUUAGGCAGACUCGAUACUGUAUUCUCAGCGGCCGUUGUGCCCUCAGAUGCUUGCAUACCAAUUGCCUCGAAGCUUCUCAAAGAAGGGUUGCAAUACGAAGUUCAGAAUCAGGUCUGCGUCAGAUCGAAGUUUCCAUUUAUAAAGCCGUCAUAUCAAACACAGAGCUUUAGUUCAGGGCCGUCGGCCGUUGUGUUCGAUGCUGGGUUCAAAGGCUUCCCCAAGUUCUACAAGGUACACGCAGUACCGAAUCAGCUCACAGUAUACGACGACCUCAACUCCAUUACAUUGGAGCUUGUGAAAGAGAGCGUCUUCGACCUAUCUGGAUGUUAUAUCACAACGGCUCAUAGAGGGUUUGACUUUGAUAAAGUGUACAUGGCCAAAGUGGAUGACUUCAUACCAGCCAUACCCUUGCUCUUUCCUGACUGCAAUGUGUCGUCUAUUGACAGUAAAACGAAUCAAGUCAUUCCAGGAGACUCACGGAAUGUUACAUAUGUCGCUAAGUUGAGCUUCUACUCCAUUUGA